AUGGGGCUUUUUGUUCUGCCUGGAAUAAUUGAUGCUGAUUUUACGGGAGAAAUCAAAAUUAUGGCUUGGACACCGUCUCCGCCUUGUUUUGUUCCAAAAGGACAACGAAUUGCACAAUUAGUACCUCUCCCUUCCGUGACCAUCCCUGGGGAAGGGAAUCGCAAAGGGGGAUUUGGGAGCACUGGAAAACCUGUAGUUUUGUGGUCAAAGCAAGUGUCUAAAGAACAGCCUUUGUUACGUUGCCAGGUCCACGAUAGGCACUUUUCUGGUUUGGUGGACACAGGAGCAGAUGUCACUAUCAUUAAUAUAUCAGACUGGCCUCCUGAAUGGCCACUGAGAGAUCCCACCUCCGCUAUUGUGGGGGUAGGAGGUCUUCAGAAACCCAAACAAAGUGCAAAGAUACUAACUUUCAAGGGACCUGAGGGUCAGAUUGCACAUGCAGCUCCUUACAUCCUCCCCGUGCCCUGUACAUUAUGGGGCUGUGCCCUGUACAUUAUGGGGCCGAGACUUGUUAAGCCAGUGGGGAAUCUUCCUGAAAACAAAUUUUCAAUAGGGGCUAUUGACAAGCAGCAGACCCUUUCAUUGACAUGGAAAUCAGAAAAAACUGUUUGGGUAGAUCAAUGGCCCCUGAAAAAGGAUAAACUGCUGCAUUUGCAUGACUUAGUACAGGAACAAUUGGCCGCUGGCCACAUUGUACCUACUACCAGCCCGUGGAACACUCCUGUGUUUGUAAUACCUAAAAAAGGUGGCAGAUGGCGAUUGAUACAUGAUCUUAGAGCGAUAAAUGCAGUCAUUGAGCCCAUGGGUGCGCUACAGCCUGGUCUUCCUUCACCUUCUAUGCUGCCUCAAAAUUGGCCAAUAGCCAUCAUUGAUCUCAAAGACUGCUUUUUUGCUAUUCCUCUACACCCAAAGGAUGCACCACGGUUUGCAUUCUCUGUACCAGCUGUCAAUCAGGAACAGCCCACACGACGAUAUCAUUGGACUGUGUUGCCACAAGGUAUGCUAAAUAGCCCAACUAUCUGCCAAUUAACUGUAGCAAAUGCUUUACAACCUGUCCGAAAUGCAAACCCUCAUGUUAUAAUUUAUCAUUACAUGGACGACAUACUUAUAGCUGCUGAAAAGGACAAAGACCUGCAGAUAGUCGUCUGCCAAGUCCGCCUUGCUGUCCAAGGAGCAGGCUUGCAGAUAGCUGAGGAAAAGGUCCAACGUGAACCACCCUGGAAAUACCUAGGAUGGAAAAUUACAACUCACCCCAUCCAGCCACAAGCACUCCAGCUGGCGUUACAAAUAAAGACUCUGAAUGAUCUGCAAAAAUUGUUGGGAACUAUAAACUGGCUCAGACCUUUUCUGGGUAUCACCACACAAGAUCUGCACCCUCUGUUUCAAUUGUUACCCCUGACUAACCGAACCUUAUGUAUCUAA